AGUCUGUUGGUUUUGGCUGGAUAGUUCCAUCGGAGGCGUUGCAGGAAAGGGGCACGAUGCUCUCCCCCAACUCUUCUAGGAGGUUAGGGCAAGACUGGAAAACAACGGGGACAGCUGGAAGCCUCCAGAGCCUGAAGAAAUUUAAUAAUCAGGACUUCAGCCGUUUGCGAGCCUCAUGUCUGAGCCAAGGCCUGCUGUUUGAGGAUGACACCUUCCCAGCUAAUGUCAGCUCCAUUGGUCCCAACCUGCUCUCAGAGGACAAGCUGUGGCUUAUACAGUGGAAGAGGCCAACUGAGCUUCAGAGAAAUCCUCAUUUGAUCAUGGAUGGAGUUAGCAGAUUUGAUAUUAUGCAAGGAGAAAUAGGUGACUGCUGGAUGCUGGCUGCCCUGGGCUCCCUGACUCUGCAGAAGCGAUUUUUGGAAAAUGUUUUGCCAAAGGAUCAAGGCUUCCAGAAUGAUUAUGCUGGGAUUUUUCAUUUCCGGUUCUGGCAUUUUGGAGACUGGGUGGAUGUAGUGAUAGAUGACCGACUGCCUUUGCUGAAUGGGAGAUACCUGUCUGUACAUCCUCGUACGUCAAACGAAUUCUGGCCAUCCUUGCUGGAAAAGGCAUACGCCAAAUUACGGGGCUCCUACCAGAACUUGCAUGGAGGCUACAUUUCUGAUGCUUUAGUAGACUUCACAGGUGGAGUCCAACUACAGUUUUCAUUAAAGAACCCGCCCCCUGAUCUGGAGGAGAUACUGAAAGCAGCUGACAGAUCACAGUGUCUGAUGGGGUGUAGCACCUCAGGACAGCUGAGGAACAUAGAGCUGAGGAAUGGGAUCGUGCAGGGUCAUGCCUACACUAUCACAGGAGCUACGAAGAUACGCUACAAGAACGGCUGGGAGCAUAUCGUCAGGAUCUGGAAUCCCUGGGGCCACGGGGAAUGGAAGGGCGCCUGGAGUGAUGAUUCUCCUGAGUGGGAUCAUGUUGAGCCUAAAUACAGAGAAGCCCUCUGCAGAGACAAGGACGAUGGAGAAUUCUGGAUGUCCUGUGAAAACUUCCAGGAGCACUUCUCCUUGCUGUAUAUAUGCAACAGCACCCCAACGUUUUUGGACUUUGGAGGUCAGAACCGCACAACAUGGUCUGUGGACAGGCACAUCUACCAGUGGAGUCCGGUGGUCACCACGGGCAGGAACAACUAUUCCCCUGCAGGUGCACUUUCGAGGAACCCUCAGUAUUUCUUCAAAGUGACAGAUUAUGACCCAAAAACCUAUAAUGUGGUCAUUUCACUCAUACAAAAACAUGCUGAUAAUACGCUGGAUGCACAGAAAUUGAAGAUUGGCUUUUUGAUCUUCAGGGAGAACUCCAAAGUCCUGAAACAAGAUUUUGCCCUGGCCCGAGAUGUGACCAACUACUUUAUCCUGAGCCCAGGAACCUAUGCUGUCCUUCCUGCUACAUCAGAAGACCAAGAGUUUGAAUUUCUCUUACGAAUUUUCCUGAAGCAUCAAGACUACAAUGGGGAGCCAAACUACCCACUCAGCUCAAUGCUGCCGAAGCAGGAUACCUUCACAGACCUGAGGAAAACUACACCUGAGAACUCGGAUGAACCGAGACUCAACCAAGACAGCUCCUAUAAGACUAUCUUCCUAAGAUACGCUAAUCAGGGCUCUGCUAUUGAUGCCUUACAGCUGCAACAUCUCCUUAAUGAAGAGGUCCUGCAAGACGAAACGGCCAGCCUGGGAGGAAGAUUCAGCUUCGAUUCGUGUAGAGGCAUUUUAGCUCUGAUGGAUCUCGGCUCUAAUGGAAGACUCACGCUGCAGGAGUUCGGGAGCCUCUGGAGACAUAUUGCUAAGUACCUGGAUGUUUUCAAGAAGGAAGACAGAAAUAAUUCUGGAUAUCUUGAUGUGUCUGAACUGAAGAGUGCGAUACAGACAGCAGGCCUGUCUGUCAACGAGCAGCUCCUCCGGCUGAUGGCCCUGCGGUAUGGAGAUGCCACCAGGAGAAUUGGCCUCUCCGACUUCAUCUGCUGCAUGCUCCGCCUGGAGACCAUGACCUAUGCAUUUCAAAACCUAGCAGAGGAUGGACCACAGCUUUCAAUGACCACAAUGGAGUGGCUGACUCUUGUCAUGUACUCCUAAAAGAAUGCCAAGGCUCAACAAGGCUGGUGCCUUUGUGCUUCUCAGCAGGACACAGCCCAAGGCCGUUCCAUGCAAGAACCAUCAAUGGGAAUCUCAAAAAACCAAACACUGUGAAGGGGUGAACUGGGUUUUCUUGUGGAUGUUUGCUUAUGCUUGAUGGUAUUCAGAUGUCUGGAUAGAGAGUCCUUCUCAGGCACACUGGAAUUGGUCUGGAGAGAGAGAAUGGAGAUAGAGAAAUAAAUCCAUGGGAAAACUGCUAGUACCUGACUGUACUUAAUGGGCUCAGACAGGUUGGAAGUGCUGACCAUCAGCUCCUUCUCUCAUCAUGUCAAGAGCAUGGCUGAUUCUCCUGGCUAACGCAUGGAAGCCGAGACUAGCUCCGUUAACUCCACUGUAGAUGAGAACAGAAUCUGUCCUUUUAUUUGUAAAGAGUGUCUAUUGCUCAGAAAACAAAAACACGAAAGGCAUAGUUUUAUUUGAGUUUUCUCUUAAUUUGCUUAUGGCCCAUUUCUAAAUGCUAGAAAAAGGUUGAAGAAAAGGUUCUUAAAUAACACCAGGGCUUUGCAAUGUCUUUUUGUUACUUUUUAUUAAAAAAAAAUUAAAAAAGCAAAA